UUCCAGUUGCUGCAGUGAUGGCUGAUCUUCCAGAUGAAGGAAUAAUAGCCGCACUUGCCAAAAAGGCAAAUAAAAGGGAUAAAGCUCCAGUGAUUUCAAGUACUACAGAACCGAAAGGUGGAACAAAGGCAUUAACUGUGAAAUCUCCUUCAGUUCCAAAAGUACAGCAAGCAAAAAGUUCAUUCUUCAGCCACGACAAGGAAAUGUGCAUUAGAAGUCCAAAACCAGGCAACAAAAAGGCUUGCACUCGUCAAGGAGCCUCAACAAAGAACCCUAUGAGUGAUGGAAGAAGUGGACCAAAAACAAGCAAAUGUUCGUAUCCUUCACGUGUGAAUAGGUCACUGCCAAUUAUCAAAAUACAUUUGGCUGAUGGGCAGGCAAUUAGUGCUGCUGGCGAGGAAGUAAAUAAUAUUGAUGUUCAGUCACUUGAUCCACAAGCCCUUCAGGGGAUCCAGUUGCUAGUGACUCGACUAUCAGCCUUGUGUGAAAAGGCUCAAAACAGUGACAAGCAUGCCAACAGCGUAUGAGUAUUUACAUCCAUGACUUCUAAAAAAAAUUUGCAUUCCUC